GAUAUUUACAGUGCGCAAUUUAACUACAGAACCCAUAAUGCCUAGCGGUGUUCUCGCGAUGACUGCGUCUGUUAACGUGAACCCCUGCGAUAUACUGAAGGAAACCCCUCUCGUUCUUCCUUUCCCAACAUGGCCCCGAAGGCGAAGAAGGAAGCUGUACCGGCUAAGACCGAGGCCAAGUCCAAGGCCCUUAAAGCCAAGAAGGCUGUGCUGAAGGGUGUCCACAGCCAGAGGAAGAAGAAGAUCAGGACCACCCCAACCUUCCGCCGGCCCAAGACCCUGCGUCUGAGGAGGCAGCCUAAGUACCCUAGGAAGAGCGCUCCACGCAGAAACAAGUUGGACCAUUAUGCCAUCAUCAAGUUCCCCCUGACCACUGAGUCAGCCAUGAAGAAGAUUGAGGACAACAACACUCUGGUGUUCAUUGUUGAUGUCAAGGCUAACAAGCAUCAGAUUAAACAUGCUGUCAAGAAACUGUACGACAUCGAUGUGGCUAAAGUCAACACACUGAUCAGGCCUGAUGGUGAAAAGAAGGCAUACGUUCGUCUUGCACCAGAUUACGAUGCCUUGGAUGUUGCAAACAAGAUUGGCAUCAUCUAAAGUGUUCUUGGUCAGAUGUACAGAAGAAUAAAUGUUUGUAAAAACUG